AUGACGACGCUUCAGACGGUUCAGGAGGGACAAGCGCAGUCCAGCGCUGUUGCAGGUGACACGGAGCGUGCUCAGGACUUGGUGCACCUGAACGUGGGCGGUCGCGUGUUCUUGACGACUGCUGCCACGCUACAGGCGACGGGAGAGGACAGCUUCUUCACGGCCCUUCUGGCCGGUCGGCUCCCGUCAACCCGUGAUGCCACCGGUGCCUACUUUAUCGAUCGCGACCCAGAACCCUUUGCCGCCAUCCUCAGCUAUCUGCGCACGGGUUCAUUGCGUACGACUGUCAUCAACAAUGUUUCGGCCCUGCGGGAGGAAGCCCUUUUUUUCGGCUUGACCGGCAUGGCCGCGGCGCUCAACGUGCUCGAGCCGCCGCGCCAAUGUGGGGGCCUCCUUUUCGAGGCUCGCAUCUCGCCGCGGCAGGGACCCUGCGGUCCGCCCGUCGCCAUGGACUCGGCGGGCAGCCUGCUCGUUUUGGCAUAUCAGCGAGCCGUCGAAUGCUGGACCUACUCAGAAGCGGGGGCUUGGUCCCAUCUCGCUUCGGUGACCUACCAACUGGAAUCGGAUGUCAGCUGCGUGGCCAUCAACAGCCGCUCCAUCACGGCUGAACACACCCAGAUUGCCAUCGGCGCCGGCGACGUCGUCUACCUGUGCGAAUUCCCAAACCGAAGCCUUGUCGCUGACAUUCCCCGUCCCUAUUCGCCGCCAGGUCGGGAAGCAGCGCCCGGUCCCGACGCCCCGGUCGAAGAUGAGCUCCCCGUCACCUGUGCCAAGCUGUCCGUGGGCGUGGCCGUCAACCACGUCCUCUUCAUCAAUGGAAAUCUGGUCGCUUUGGCUCAGAGUGGCAAGGUGGGCGUGCGCAACGCCCGAACGCAUGUUUGGCAAGUGCAAAACGUGGCCAAGAUUGAAUGCUUUGCCGUGUCCGGCACAACGUUGUUGCUCAGCGCGCCCGGGGGCUACAUUUAUGUUGUGGAUCUUGAGAAGUUUCCCCUGCGCCUCAAAGAUAAUGACCUGCUCGUUAGUAUUUUUUAUGUUGACCCCCACCGAGAGACGAUCACAGCCAUGAGCGUUUAUGAAAGCACGGCCGCCCACGAGCGGUGUAUGGAGGUGGCCUACGGAACCAGCACUGGUGUAGUACGAGUUAUUCUGCAGCACCCAGAGACUGUGGGGCAAUCUCCACUCCUAUAUCAGACUUUUACUGUCCACCAGCACGCCAUCCGUUGCGUGGCCCUCAGCGAGCGCUGCCUCAUCUCUAUGUGUGCAGAGGACAAUCACGUGCGGACGUGGCGUAUCACGCGCUUUCGUGGGCGCAUCUCCACCCAACCGGGCAGUCAAGGCGUGGCUUCGUUUAGCGUUCCCACGACUGCCCCUCGUCAGUUUGUUGGGCCCUUGGGUGACUUGGAUCAGGUUCAAGUCUUUGUGCAGCAGACAACAGAUUUGGGUACCGAGUUGCUCGUUCGCAAUGCAGCCACCGGCCAACGUAUCUGUGAGAUUUCGGCAGUCGAUCAUUCAUCCAUCGGAUUGAUUCAUUUGCACGAGGGCGGCAUGACAAGUCGUGUGGGCUCGCGCUCCCGCCGCUUUCUUUGCACGGGCCACGAAAAUUCGAGUGUCCAGCUUUGGGACUUGACAACGGCCUUGGACGCCCUUGCAAGACAGCUGCCUGGGCAGCGGCUCGACGAGAGUCCAGGCCUAGCUGGAGGUCCGGAUGGUGUCGUGCGGUCCGCCAUGCAUUCUGCUAACUUUAGUCAAAUCCAACGGCGUCGAGCGUCUGUCGCCUUGUCAAGUUUUGCGUGACCAUGGUAUCACUGUGUUUGUAA